GCCUGGGGCGGCCUUCGCUGGCCUGGGACCCUCCGGGCGCUGCUGGAGCGCACCUCCCCUGCGCAGGCAGGGCAGGGCAGGGCACAGGCGGAAGAGAGCUGCGGUCGGAGCGCCCGGAGGCUCCUGGCCGGCGAGGAGGCGGCGCUAAGGGCGGUUCGGCUCCUCCUCCCGCCAGGCUAGCUGUUUUCUUGGGGAGCACAGCGCAGGCACAGUCCGCACUGCGCCAUUUCAGAGUGUGUGCCUGCCCUAAGCACACUCACACGCCCCGCCCCCGGGAGGUGCUGUUGCUCCAAGGCCCCUCCCUCUGCAGGGACCCGGAGAGCCACGGCCGGAGAUUCGCCGCCAGCCCAGCGGGUAGGAGGGUCGAGGCCUCUCGGCAGUGUUUGCUCGCGCAGCAGCGUUCCUUCUGUUCGGCGCAUGCUCAGAGGCACUGUCGCUGUCUUCGUCGUCAUAUACGUCACACGCCCUUUCCGGCUUCUGCAGCGGCUCCUCCCCUCCCGCAGAUCCCCGCCCCCACGCUUAUGACGGCAGCGGCCCUCCUAGGCUUCCUGUUGCGCGUGCGCAGAGAGCCAGUACUGCGAGGCGGCCUACGGCUCCCUCUUCCGCUUACUGCCCCCCCGCCUGCCGCUGCCGGAGACCGACCGACCGGAGGCAGGCAGGCAGGCAGGCAGGAGGAGGAGGAGGAGGAGGCAGGCGGGCGGGCGGGGCGGCCGGGCCGUCCCACUCGUGCCGCGGCAGCGAUGGAGGCGAAGUCGUCGUCGAGCACCGGCAGGCCCGUGAAGGGAAUCCUCAAGAACCGCUCGGGCAGCGGCGGCGGCGGCAGCGGGCUCGGCCUCGCGGCGGCCCCCACCACCGCCCCGAAGGCCCGCCCGGAGUCCCAGCGCGGCAGCCAGGAGAGCGCCCGCCCGGAAGUCCAGAGUAAGAAGUCCCAGAAGUGGGAUGAAAUGAACAUUCUGGCUACCUACCAUCCAGCAGGCAAAGAUUACGGCUUAAUGAAGAUAGAUGAGCCAAGUACUCCCUACCAUAGCAUGGGAGAUGAAGAGGUGGGCAGUGAUACAGAAACCAGUGCAGCAGUCACUGCGGAUGUGUUGGCUAAAAAGUUAGCAGCUGCAGUGGAGGGUAAGGGGCCAAAGGUCCUCGCUCAGCAAGAAGACAGCAGCGAUGAAGAGGACGAUGAGACAGAGUUAUCUCCGGAAGAACUUGAGAAAAAGAGGCAGUUCGAAAUGAAGAGGAAAAUUCACUACAAUGAAGGCAAGAACAUCAAACUUGCCAGGCAGCUAAUUGCAAAGGAGCUGCAUGGCGAGGCAACCAAUGAAGAAGAUGAUGAAGAUGACGAGGAAUGCGAUGAUGAAGAUGAUGAGGAAUGUGACGAUGAAGAGAUACGGGAUAUGGUAGAACUUGCACCUGAUCCUAGUGACCCGCUUGAGAAAAUUGCACACAGCCUAGAAGAGGUCUGCUCAGGACUGUAACUCCUUCUAAAAAACCAUGCCUUUGUAUUCACCGCAUUGCACACCUGCAGUUGUGGCUCAAGUACUGUGGAGCAGGUUGGCUCUCUCUGUAUUGCCAAGAGUGGUGGUGACGGGCGAGGCUUUCCUCUUAGGCACACGGAAAUGUCGCUGAACUGGCUUGUCCUUGUGCCUAGUAGCCACAGAGAAGAUGGCUUCACUCAUAAACAGCAGAAUAACUUGAUGUACAAUGCUGGUGACCUUGGUACAUCCGUGUUGCUCCUCUUCCUGGUUUGGAAACAUCCAGUUACUUUGCUUCCCCGUCUUGUAUUUGGCAUGAUCCUCUAGGACUUAAAGUGGCUCACGAGCCUCUUAGAAGGGCUUUCGCAUUGAUGUGCCAAAUUUUACGACUAGAAUAGAUUCACCCUUACAUCGAACUACUUAGCAAUUGACAAGAUGUCCUGAAAAAGGAAUUAAUUGACUACUUGUUUUAGAUUCCUUCCCCUUGUAUGAAUUUUGCUCAUCUGUAUGCCACAGCUGUCAGAGUGAGAGCAAGAGAGAGGCUGCAUUGAUAUUGAUAGCUAAAUGAGGGGGGAAAGGGUUUGCAUUCUCUUGCAGUUUCCCAGAGCCUCCCAGCUGUUGUGUAUGGGAUGUUCUGAACCUGGAAAUGAUGAGCCAACCUCACUAUGUUGGGUAACUUUAUCUAUCUUGUCUGCUUGUGAUGGGCCUGGCUUUGGAGUGGGUUUUUUUGUCUCUUUUCAUCAUGUGUCUCCAUCCAGCUGCUGCGUGCCACUCUUGCCAGACAAGGCGUCCCUUGGUCUUGCCACCCUUGCACAUAGUUGAGCACUGCUAGAUUUCAGAGAAAAGCCAGCAUUGAAAAUCCAUGCUGGAAGAGUGUGCUGUCUGGAAGAACCCCUGGCAUCUGUCUGUAGGGUGGCCUAGAGUAGUCCAGUGGGAGGAGCAGGAGAUAGCCUGUAAAUGGUUUGGAAGAGAGACUGGACUUCAUGCUGGAGGCUGCAAGUAGAAGUGUCCUGGCUGAUGGAUGAAUGCAACGGAGGGGAGAGGAUGGUUUUAGUUCUUGCUCCAAUUACCAGACUGAGUACAUAGAAAAUCCUGCUUUCUAAUGCAAUACAUUGGCACAACUCCAUAUGACUCUCUGGCUCCAUUUUAAGGUGAUCUUGUUUACUGCAUGUGUGGAGUCUGAAUAACACAAUGAAAAUUAUUUUAUAGUUAUAUUGAACGUCAGGGCUUUCUUAAAACAUUAGGCUCUUUGUAUCUUACAAGAAAGAAGGGAGUGUGUGUAGCUGCUGAAUGCAUAUAAAAUAAUGUGGGACACUAUAACAAGCUAAAUCUUUCCACAAAGGUCCAGGCUGUACUGAAUUACAAGCCACUUUACUACACCAGAAUUGGUGCCUGACUUCCUGGAUUUUCAUUUGCGGUUUAUUCUUGGCAUUUUAAGUAAAAGGGUACUUUUCUUUGACUGCAUUUUCCCACAAGAAGAACUCAUGGGAAAAUGGAUAGUGACGUUUUCAUCACUGUUGCACUCCAGAUGCCACCAUCCUUGACCAUCUGCUGGGCUGGCUGCUGGGAGUCCAACAUCAUCCGAAGGCUCAUAGGGCUGCUUGAUAGGAUGAGGCUUGGUUCUGGUUUCUUGAGAAAAUCAUGGUACGGUGAAAUUGACCUGUUCCCAGUUGGCACCAGUGAACUGCGUCUCCAGGACACCUUGUUGAGUUGCCGUUGCCCUCCUCCUCGGCUCUUAGAUUGUGAGCCCUGUGGACAGGGAUGUGGCAUGUUUGGACAGCACUGGCACUAAAUAAAUGAGUCGAAUACACUUUGCUUGCUUCCUCAAGCCAUCCUGAUAGCUUGUGAAACUCUCCCCUUGCUGUUGUGGCAUUUUAGGCCUGUUCUCUGUGGUGGCCCAACAUUUGUGGAACCCUACUUGGAACUUGAGGCUCCUCUGACAAGAGGAUGGGAAAGGGAUGGUCUUAAGAUCAGUGCUUCUCGGUAUGACUGGGAGGAGCUGGCUGCCCAGUGCUGAUUCUGGAGCUGCUGGGUGCAUACAGCCCCUGGGCCUUCAAUUUUGCAUUUGUUGACUCUUUCUGACAAGGUGCAACGUUUAAGAGACCAAAUCAAAGGAUAAACAUUAUGAAAAAUAAACAGUAGAGUGGACUAUUCAGGAGCUGAUAGCCGGAGCUUUCCCUUCUUCUGUCUUCCUGUCAGGAUUUACAGACUCAUGGCAAUGUGUUUGUGUGAGGGGGGGGAGGGCUCCCUAAGUGAGCUCACCUGAGCUUGUGCUGGUUUUUCACCAUGAUGUGGUAAGUGGAGAUAGUGGGCAAAGAAACUCCUCUAUAAUCUCCCUAAACUACAAGUCAGGUAAAAUUAAUAACCACUUUACCAUAGCAAAUUCUACGGUUGAUUGGCUUAAGAGCCUGAGAAGCAGAAGGAUAUCUCUGUGUUCAAAAGGCUUAUUUGGAUGGUUAUUUCCCCAUGAACACCUCAGUGGCACUUGCUUUCACAUCUUUUGUUGGCGCUGCUGGUCUUGCUGCUUUUUUAUGGGGCCUCAACGUUUCCUGUUGAGGCGGUUAGUGCAGCACAUCCCCAGUCUGUAAGGCAGCCCUUGAGUUUAACAUCCGCUUUCCUAAUGUUGCAUGCAGGAAAUGAAUUCCGGCAUAACUUGUGGUGCAUGCACAUGAGUUACAUACUAAGAAAAUAACUUCUUGUGUCACCUGUCUUGGGAUGAGAGUGAGACUUCUGUGGCCUUUCAUUGUCAUUGGCAUGAGCUGUGAAAGUGGGUAAGGAUUCCAGGAGAGGACCUUUCUGGCUAUCUUGUGAGGACGCUUGAUGGGCACUCUCAAACCAGUUCUGUGAUUUCUGGUUUAUGGUGCAAAUUCACCAGUGUGCUUUUGUUCUGGGAUCUGCCUUAACUUCUCAUGAGUGAUAUUUACUGUCUAUUUACCGGCAUGCUUCAGGUUGCCUUUCUUCAAUCCCUGGAUCUGCCUGCAGGCAUUAAGGAAAUGCCAAGCAGGUACUCUUUAUCCACCCUGCAUUUUACUUCAGCAGCUGGUUGGCUUUUCUGUGUAGUUCUGUGGCAUGACAAAAGCGAGCUCCAUGACUAAGCCUCCCUCCCCCCCCCAUUCCCCUUACCUUGAGAAUUUUUCUUGGGAGAGGUUUUUGUUAAUCCUUUGGGGGGGGGAUAAUAACUGCCCUCAACAAGCACCAGGGCAGCAGCCCACACACCUCCCAGCAAACUUCUUGCACCAAGCCGGGUGCACAGGCUUGUAUUGUUGGCUCUCUUUCCAAAGUGCAAAAGAGCCCUCCUGAGAGGCUGUUUCCUCCUUCCUUUUCUCCGCUGGAGGAACAUGGCAGGGCCCACCAUGUGACAAAGGCACAAAGAGUUGCCCACAGUAUGUUAAAGUUUAGUAAACAGCUGGGUGUCUUCAGCAGGCUGCUUCCUCUCCAUUCGCUCACCAUCACUGCCAUAACCAGGUUGUAACUGCAGGGGCUCUGCAUAACAUUGGCUGUUCUUGCAGAAUAUGUUUUGGGUUGUUUGGUUUUAUUACUUCAAGAAUAAAGUUCUUGAUUUAA